AUUGAACAGAGUCGAGUUGUUUGGUGCCGGCAGUCAUAGGCGGAACGUCGUUGCCUCAACACGUUAAAAAGUUAACGUAUUGUCUGUGAUAUUUUUUAGUUUUAAAUACCGUAAACAUGUCGAUCCACAUCAAGGACUCCGAAGACCUAAAGAACAGGCUGGCCGAGGCUGGCGAGAAGCUGGUGGUGAUCGACUUCAUGGCCACCUGGUGCGGGCCGUGCAAGAUGAUCGGGCCCAAACUAGACGAGAUGGCUACGGAAAUGGCUGACAGCCUGGUCGUCCUCAAGGUCGACGUGGACGAGUGCGAGGACAUCGCCACCGAAUACAACAUCAACUCGAUGCCCACCUUCGUCUUCGUCAAGAGCAGCAAGAAACUCGAGGAGUUCUCCGGAGCGAACGUGGACAAGCUCAGAAACACCAUCCUCAAGCACAAGUAGACGUUUGGUGUACAACGCGCUGCCCCAGGCGUAUGACACCACCAUCAAUGGGACUUGAAAGCAUUUAACAUGACUGGUUCAUUCCCCUAAUGUCCCCAGGUACAGCCAGCGUCAAAUAAUUCCUGACACCCAAAGCAGCCAAAAAGUUCGCAACACGUCCUUGUUGCAAAUGGAAUAAGGUUGUGUUGACUUUCUGGCCACUUUAGGUGUCACGAACUUUUUGACGCUGACUGUAAAACUGCACGUAACAACAGUCGAUGGGUGGUGUCAUAUUCCAAUAUACGUCAUAAUAAAUAAUACUAGUACAUCAUGCUGGCAUAUACUGUAAUAAAUUUAACAUUUUUAUCUCCUUAAAUUAUUAACUAUUCAAGUUCAGUAUUUAUUACACUGUAACGACGUUUUGUAUGGAAAACUUGUGUUCAGAUCAGCCUUCUCACUAUGGGUUUUGAUGACACUAACGCACUUAUUGAAAUUUAAUGAAGAUGUAUAUUUUUAGCAACGUUUUUGGUGUGUGGUGUCCUUCGUCACGGUGUGACACUUGAGUAUUGGCCUAGGAUUCCAAUGAAGGUUCACAAUUUUUGUUGUCACCGUAGAAGCGUAUUUUUGUAUGUCCAACGGGUGUCCAAAAGUAGUUGUCGCCUGCCUAGAUAGUUGGUGGCGCGCGUACAGCCUUCUCGUAUUAAUUUUCGCAUAUUUUUCACAUUUAUGUAUGUUACGAAGUAUUGUUAUUCCAAUAAAUAUUGUCAAAAUGUAAA